AUGAAAAUUUUCGCAGUUUUCGUUUUAUUUGUUUUCGGUGCUGUUGGCGAAAAUCUGGUGGAAAAUUACGAUCGUGAAUUGUCGACAAUUAAAUUGCUGUUUUAUCCAAACAUAAACUCAAUCGAUAAUCCAAUAGAAAUAUCUCCACUUUACAAUACAGGAUGGAAGCUUGUCGACUUUCUUGCAAACGAAACAAAAUUAAUGAUUCACGGGUGGAAUGCCUUUUCAAAUCAUAUCUCAGUAAAUCCAGUGUUGCAUGCUUAUCUAAAAGCAAACAAUAGUCGUGUGUUGGCAGUUGAUUGGCGGGACGCUUCCCAACUAUCGUACGUUGUUGCAAGACGUAUAAUUACAAGCAUUGCUGGUAGAAUUUGUGGACAAUUGAGAUAUUUUGUAAAAGAGACUCAAAUUGAUAUUGCAAAUCUUCACGUAAUUGGACAUAGUUUGGGAUGUCAUAUAGCAACGCAUAUAGGAAGAUGCUUUGAUGGCGAAAUUGGUAGAUUAACAGCUCUAGAUGCUGCUGGACCAUUUUUCACAAAAUUUUCGACUGAUGCAUAUAGCCGAAAUGACUUCCUAUUUGUUGAUUCAAUUCACACGUCUGCCGGAUUGGCUGGUGAAUUUGAAGUCAGAGGACAUGCAGCAUUCUUUCCUAAUGGAGGUGUAGCACCACAGCCGGGUUGUGAAGCAUCAGAUCUCAUCUCAUUCACAGCAUGUAGCCAUUAUCGUGUCUCAAACUAUUUUGCUGAAUCAAUUCUCCUUCCGACUACAUUUCUUGCUCAUCAAUGUGAAUUGUCGUUAAUUCAAUUGCCUACUGCACAUCGUAAUUGCCAUAAUGGAUCAAAUGUGGUUUUGAUGGGUGAGCACAUAGACCAUAACACCCGAGGUGUCUUUUAUUUGCAGACAUUUAGUACAUUUCCAUUUGGCAAAGAUGAGUUGUGAAAAUGGCUACGAAAAAUAUUUAAGUGGAUUAAAAGUGCUUUUGAAAUACUUUUGUGUACACGAGGGGC